AUGGACGCGCUGGUCGGCGGCGCCGAGGAGGUUCUGUCCGCGGCGAGGCUGCCCGCCGCGAGCCACAGCGCGCUGACCGCCCAGCUGCUGCAGCGCGUGAGUGCGGCGCCCCAGAUGAGCGAGGAGCACAAUCCCUACGAGACGCCUGAGAACGAAAGCCAGGUUCUGGCGGCGAGCUCUCCGCCCGCUGGCGAGCGCGGCGCGAGAGGCGGCAGGCCCCCGAAUAGGCCUCGAGCGCAGACCCCUGAGCUUCAGCGGUUGCUUGAGACAAACAUGCCCGCAGCGGCGAGGGAGUGCGCGGUGAGCAAGUGCCGUGAGGUUGGGCGUCGGGCGAAGCAUUGCAUGUGUCUGCACAUUAAGAAGGCCCUGAAAGACGCGCAAGAUGAGGCUACUGUCUUGAGAGCGAUCAAGGACUACACUGGCAGGAACAUGAGGUGGGCGAAGCACACCUGGAACAACCGUGACGUGUGGAAGGGGAGCGCAGUAUUGAAGAUGGACGCAGGGCAAGCCAUUGCUGGAGGGUACUACGGGUUUUCUGAGGAUCAGUUUCUGAGGACGUUAGGUCCAAGCCCACGUAAGCUCCAGCUGAGCACCGGCGCCCACCUGAGAUAUCCAGAGAUGGCCGCCCCCGUGCCAACGUUUUCUGAGAACCUGGCGUGGGCGGCUGAGAGCGCCGGGUACUCGGCUGAGAAGAUGGGCCACUUUGAGCUCCGCGCCACGAAGGGCUAUCCCCUGAGCCACGGGGUCUGCCGCCUGAUGAUGGAGCAAUUCCGUGAGUUCUACUACAAGGGCGACGACGCCUGGCCCGUGAGACAGCUGAGGGACUUGGCAACCUACUGGGUGAGGCGCCGCUUGUGGUCGAGCGCGCGGAAUCCCAAGAUGAGGAAGAAUGCCGCGAUGAUCCUGGAGUAUUUGAAAAUCGCUGAGGAGGCGGAGCACGUCUGCUACGUUCUCGCGGCCCCCGUAACUGAGCAGCUCCUGCGCUUCAACGCUGAUGAGCUCUACACCGCUGAGCCCCCGCACCAGCAGCUGAUUGGUGAGGUCUUCUGGCUCGGCCCUGAGCUCCAUGCGCUCGUUGAGCCCAUUCAGAACGCCAUCCAGAUGAGGACUGCGGCGAGGCACCGCGGGCUCUGGGCUGAGCUCUACCCGGGCGAGGGCGCGCAGGCUGAGGGCACCCAGACGCAGGCUGACGACAUGGACAGCGUGGCCAGGAUCCUGGGCCGCUGCGGCGCGUACUCGCUGCUGCUCAGCACGCGCCAGCGCAUGGAGGGCACUGCCGGCGGGCAAUUCAAGGUGGUGCACCACCCCCUGAAGGGCCUCGACAACGAGAGCGCGGCCCGGCUCUUCAUGCUCCGCGUGCACCGGGCCCUGCGCUGGGGGGAGCUGCUGCCAGAGGGCGCGCACGCCGCCUCGGGCGACGGCGGCGGCGGCUGCGGCGCCGCCAGCGACUGCGGCGCUGGCGGCGACGUGCCCGGCGCCCCGCUGCCCACCGCCGCAUUGCGGGCGGAGGCG